CACGACGGUCUCCACCCAGCUUGGGAAACAGGAAAUCCUCCGAGGGAGGGACCGCCAAAGCAGACGGGAGCCGUCUGUGCCUGAAGAAGGCGCUGACAGCAGGCUGGGCUGGCUACGGGAUCUGCAGCUGCAGCUGCGCCAGCCCCUCCCCUUCUCUCUGGCCUGGUCUAAUUAAGCACAUGAAGCGGGCGUGUCAGACAGCUGCAGUUCCUUCGUUCAGCCCCAGACCCAAACCCCGCGGACCCGCCUGGUCCACGAAGAGAUGCAGGAGACCUACCCGGACCUGGCCUUCAGGGGCCGCAAUGUGGUCCUGGAGAGACCUCCCAGAGGGCACGGCAGCACCAGGAGCAGCAGGAGCAGCAGGUCUGGGAGAAACACCAAGCCUGCAGCUCCAGCUGAUGGAGGAGCAGCAGGGGGGCCAGGGGGGCCAGGGGGGCAGGGGGGGCCGGGGGGGGCAGGGGGGGCAGGGGGGGGCAGCUCCAGAGGAGCUCAGCGGUCCUCAGGCCAUUUCUCUGCACAUCACUCUGAGAGCCGGACUCACAGAGCAGAGCCUGAAACCUGAAGACCUCCAGCCCACAUCAGAGCAUGAGCCGCGGAAGCUGCCGGGCUCGCCGGGCUCGGUGGACGAGGAGACGGAGCUGAGAGGCCUGGCGGAGAGGAUGGGCCAGCUGAGUGUGAGCGGAGCAGCCGGGGGGUCCAGCAGGAGGAGGUCCCCCCCGCCGGGGGGCCGCCGGGGAGAGGAGGAGGCGGAGGAGGAGGAGAAGAGCUACGUCGUGCUGUGAACAGGGAGGGUUGAAGACUCAGGAAGCCACGCAUGCAGAGGAGGAACAUGCAAACUGCACAGAGGAGCUGCAGACGGCUGGCGGUUCCUCGGUGCUUCUGGAGGAAGAGCUUUACCUCUGAUUUCCAGGUUUUCUCAGGGUUGUUUUAUCAGACUGUCUGGUUUUCUCUGUUUUUUCAGCGUCGUUCAUAAACGCUCAGGUCUAUAAAUGGAAUAAAUGGUAAUAAAAUGGAACGCAUCAAAACUGAGUGUGUCUCAUCCUCCUU